GCAGUUCUUGGCAUCCCUACAAGGCGAGCCACCCUGAGACAAUUUCCGCCUUCCGAGCGCGCUUUUCACCGGAAUCCCGUUCCCUUCCCUUUCCUCGUGCCCGCCGCUGCGCGGCGCCAGAGGGACGGAUGUGCUCGUCCCUGCCACUUCUCCCCAAGCUUGAGGCGAGUCUUCGAUGACUUCCUCAGGGACGAACCUUCCGGACUGGGGCUAUGAAGAACUCAAGGUCAUCGGUCGUGGGCAGUAUGGAAAGGCUCACUUGGUUCGUGCUGAGAUUGAUGAUCAAUACUAUAUUGCAAAGACCAUCGACCUUACGUGUUUGUCAAGCAAGGAGCAAGAGACCGCUUACCAAGAGGUUGCCCUGCUAAGACGUUUGGAUCAUCCCAAUAUCGUCUCUUACCGGGAUAACUUCUUCAUGGGCGACACGCUCGUGAUCAUCAUGCAAUAUUGUGAGGGUGGUGAUUUGGCAACGUACAUCAAGGACAUGCGGAAGCAGCGUCAGCGGAUUGAUGAGCAGCAAAUCAUGCACUACUUUGUGCAGAUCCUUCAGGCACUUCAGUACAUCCACGGCGAGCGGAUCCUGCACAGAGAUCUCAAGACAUCCAACCUCUUUCUGAUGAAGAGCAAGUUUGUCGUCAAGCUGGGGGACUUCGGCAUUUCACGGGUGCUGGAGGGUUCCAUUGAGGCUGCGAUCACUGUGGUUGGCACUCCGUACUACAUGUCGCCAGAGGUUUGUGAGAACAAGCCCUACACUUUCAAAAGUGAUGUUUGGUCCCUGGGGUGCUGCCUGUAUGAGAUGUGCAUGCUAAAGCAUGCCUUCUCUGCAGACAAUUUGCUGGGGCUUGUGUACAAGAUCGUCAGUGACAAGUACGAGCCGAUCCCAGAGCUAUACACAGCCCAGCUAGAUACCCUGAUCCAGCGGAUGCUGGAGAAGAAUGCCGAAAUACGCCCGAGCGUGCGAGAGCUCUUGGCAGAUCCGUAUGUGCAGUCCUUUGUAGCGGACUACCUGCAGAGCCGCCAAAGUGCGGCUCGGUCAUCUCCAGGUCGGCCCUCCCCUUCUCCGCCCGCUGGCUCCCCGGUGUCGCCCGGCCCCGCCGUGUCCCCGGCCUCGCCGGGCGCGUCGCCGCCGGCGCGGAGCUUCUCACCGGGACCGCCGGCGCCGGAGAAGCGGAGCGGGUGGUCCACGGCCGGACCGAGCGGGUGGGGCGGAGCGCCCGGGCUUCCGAUCGGAGAGGCACAGCCACAUGUGCGGGCAGGUCACAAGCACGUGCGGCACGGUCGAGCUGCUGAAACGCCCAAAGAGGCAGCAGCACGGCGGAAGCGGGAGGCAGCAGACCGUGAGGCGGAGCGCCACAAGGCAGCGGCCAAAGAGUCGAUGCACAACAAGACGGUGGCCAGACAAAUGCGGGAAGCCGAAUUUCAGACCACCUUCGCCGGCCGCAUGGGCCCAGCAACGGCUUCGGGUCAUUUGCCUGCAGUGGGUGGAAUCGGAACGUCCCACCUCGCCUCAAGCCCAUCGCACGAUGAAGAUCGCGCAGAGGACUGGGACGGCCCCGCCGAGGAGAUCGAUGAGAGUGACUACUCGGAAGAGUACGAGGACGACUUCGAGGAUGCCCAAUACACAGAGGAUGAAGAUCAAACAGUGGGGUCGGACAUCGAAGAGGUGUACAUGAAGCCUGGAGCAGGAGCCUUGUCAAUGGUUCGAGAAGAGGAAGAUCUCUCGCGGGUCAUGAGCAACUACGAGCAGGAUUUGGCGCGGCACCACAGCUCGGCUUCUCCAGUGCCCUCUCCCACGAUGCAACCGCGCCGGACCGGGAGCCUGGACCGAAGCGUGGCUGCACCGGAGGCGUCGCGGGGUACAUUGGCCAUUCCCAUCAUGGAGCUACGUUCCCGCAUGAAAGAAGAGUUGAUUCGAAAGAUGGGCGAAGAGCCAUUCGAGAAAGCCUUCAACUUCCUCUUGGAUGCACGCAUGCGGGGCAUUCCAGAGAGUGCUGUGAAGCGCGAUUUAGAAGCUCUGGUUGGUCGGGCAGUCUAUAAGCAACAUUGCUUUGAUUUAGAUCAGCUGGUGUAUCAGGCUCGCUCCAGCGGAUGAAGCUCUGAGAGAACGACGACGCGACGGUCGUCGGGGCGAAGCCAUGGCGUCUGAGGAUUCGACGGAUGGAGACGACGGGAGACAUUCCAACUUGACCAGGUCAAACAUCUGCGGAGACGCAAGCAGAAUAUGCCUUCAAUUGGCCUUGGACAGAAAGCUUUGCCCAGCAUGCUUGCAGCGAAACUGCACAUGUUGGAUUCCGAGAUGUCGUUGUGCAAUGAUUCGGCAUCAUUAGCCGGGAUGUGUUGUCAAUCCCCUAGUGGCUCCCUUUCAGAAGGAAGAUUCCUCAUGUGCAAGUUUGUGAUUAUAGAGAUGCAGCUGCAGCUAUCGUUUCACUACAUUGUAGGACCCUAGGUUUCGAUUUUCACAAUCCUGUUGACUGGUCACAGAUAAUUCAGCGC